UUCGGAGCGGACGGACGUGUGGUCCCGUCGCAGCUUACUUUGAGCAAAGACUCAGUGUCGUGAAGUGAGAACUUGGUGUUCGUAAUAGAUUUUUGUGUGUGUUCGUGACACGGAUUCUUUUGAGGCUUGAGUUUUUAUAAAUCAUGCAAAGCAGAAAGCGUCACCGAAGACGAAGAACGAAACGGAUAAACGUUGUCAGAUAAUCAAUGAAAAAUGUAACCUAAACCGUUACUCACAAUGUCCAAAAUGCUUCGACCGGUGCUCGGCCGUUUAUCUGUUGGGGACUUGUUGGUGACAGUGUUGUUUUUGUGUAGGACAAUAGUUUGUGAUGGGCAGUGUCCGAAGUACGCUGAGCGCCCUUUGGAGACGCGAGUGCAGGAGGCUUCCAUAGUUUUUAGGGCUGUGGUAGUGCAAACACACCAUCAGAGUAAAACACUAGAUUUGGCGCUAGUGUCAAUAUACAGAGGAGGCGUGGAGCUGGCCUCCGUCAGUAGAUAUGCAGGCUCGCCUUAUAAUACCACAGAUAGACAGGUGAACCUCAAAAUAGCCCAGCCGCUAGACCACUGCUUCAAUUGGAGCAUGGCGCCCUCCCAAAGCGAGCUGGUGGUGUUCGCGAGAAUCAGCGACCCCGCGGUGGACUUGGAAACCACGCCACCUGACGGGCCCUGGCUUGAAGCGACGGCUUCGGCCGUCCCUUGGAGCUUGGGCGUUGACAUCGCCAUAUGGAACGCCGUUGGUUGGGCGGGUUGGGGGGAGUGGGGGGCUUGCAGCAAGACCUGCGGCGGCGGCAUGCAGGUGAGGAGGAGGUACUGUUCGCGGGCUACCUGCGAAGGUUACGGCGAGCAGGGACGGGCCUGCAACACUUUCGAUUGCGAGGGUACAAUAAACCCGCUAGCGCCCGGCGCCCGCCGUAACUUCCACCCAGCCCAGGCCAGAUGGGGUUCCGUCGCGGACCGCCCUCACGCCUUCAGCCUUCGGCCAAACUCCUACAUCUGGAUAGCUUCAUCAGAACUCUUCCCUAAUGGGAGGAUGUUCCCAAGGGAGUUUACGCUCUUCGUGUCAUUGAGACUGCGUCCUGAGAGCGGUGGCUACGGGCAAGGCACGCUAUUCUCCCUCCGCUCGCGUCGCCGCACGGGCUCAUUCCUUUCCUUGGAGUUGGCCGGAAGGGGCGCGGCGCGACUGGUCCAUGCGGGCGCUGGCGCCUCUAGAGCUAUAUACCUGGCGGUGCCGCUGUAUGACUUCCGCUGGCAUCAUAUUGCUAUCAGUGUCCACGAUGACAACACGGUGCGCGCCUACGUAGACUGCCGCUGGCUCCGCACCGACGUUCUUGAGAAAGGCGCGCUGGACACUCCGAGGGACGCUGAUCUUAUUAUUGGCUAUCUGUUUUCUGGUGACCUCGAACAGCUAGUAUUGGUGCCUAAAGCGGGUCAGGCGCAGAAACAGUGCUCCAGCCAAGUAACCGGGACAUCUACGCCCUACGUGAACAUGCAUUAAUACAAGACUUGGCCUU